GGUGUAGCCACCCGCCGAGAAACCAGACACCAUGUGUGACGAAGACGAGACCACCGCCCUCGUGUGCGACAAUGGCUCCGGCCUGGUGAAAGCCGGCUUCGCCGGCGACGACGCCCCUAGGGCCGUGUUCCCGUCCAUCGUGGGCCGCCCUCGCCACCAGGGCGUUAUGGUGGGUAUGGGGCAGAAAGACUCCUACGUGGGCGACGAGGCGCAGAGCAAGAGGGGUAUCCUGACCCUCAAGUACCCCAUUGAGCACGGCAUCAUCACCAACUGGGACGACAUGGAGAAGAUCUGGCACCACACCUUCUACAAUGAGCUCCGCGUGGCCCCCGAGGAGCACCCCACCCUGCUCACCGAGGCCCCCCUCAACCCCAAGGCCAACCGCGAGAAGAUGACCCAGAUCAUGUUUGAGACCUUCAACGUGCCGGCCAUGUACGUGGCCAUCCAGGCCGUGUUGUCCCUCUACGCCUCCGGCCGUACCACCGGCAUCGUGCUGGACUCGGGCGACGGCGUCACCCACAACGUGCCCAUCUAUGAGGGCUACGCGCUGCCGCACGCCAUCAUGCGCCUGGACCUGGCCGGCCGCGACCUCACCGACUACCUGAUGAAGAUCCUCACCGAGCGCGGCUACUCUUUCGUGACCACAGCCGAGCGCGAGAUCGUGCGCGACAUCAAGGAGAAGCUGUGCUACGUGGCCCUGGACUUCGAGAACGAGAUGGCCACGGCCGCCUCCUCCUCCUCCCUGGAGAAGAGCUACGAGCUGCCCGACGGCCAGGUCAUCACCAUCGGCAACGAGCGCUUCCGCUGCCCGGAGACGCUCUUCCAGCCCUCUUUCAUCGGCAUGGAGUCGGCGGGCAUUCACGAGACCACCUACAACAGCAUCAUGAAGUGCGACAUCGACAUCAGGAAGGACCUGUAUGCCAACAACGUCAUGUCGGGCGGCACCACCAUGUACCCGGGCAUCGCCGACCGCAUGCAGAAGGAGAUCACCGCGCUGGCCCCCAGCACCAUGAAGAUCAAGAUCAUCGCCCCGCCCGAGCGCAAGUACUCCGUGUGGAUCGGCGGCUCCAUCCUGGCCUCGCUGUCCACCUUCCAGCAGAUGUGGAUCACCAAGCAGGAGUACGACGAGGCCGGCCCCUCCAUCGUCCACCGCAAAUGCUUCUAG